ACACACGCGCGAAAUUUGGAACCAGUUUGGCCAGUUGCUGCUGGUCUGCUAGCUUGGAACUGGCUCCACAUUGGAUCACUUGCCAAAGCUCGCUUCAGCCGCACAGACAAAACACGCGCUCGCCAUGUCCAACCCGAUGCAUAAUAUUAAUAUUAAUAAUAAUAAUAAUAAUGGCAGCCAACUGGCCAACAUGGAGCUGCUGACACUGGACAAUCCUGUCUUCUGUUGCUAUCUCUUUUGGGCCACGGUGCUGGUGGCCAAGAUGCUGCUCAUGUCCCUGCUGACGGCGCUGCAGCGUUUCCGCUACAAGCUGCUGGGUCUGGUCCCACUGGCUGUGCGGCGCAAGGUAUUUCCCAACGAGGAGGAUCUGUUCUUCAAGAACAUUGAAGUGCAGUUCGAUGAUCCGCACGUGGAACGCGUGCGCAGAGCGCAUCGCAAUGACAUGGAGAAUAUUUUGCCCUACUUUAUCAUGGCCUUGAUCUAUGUGUGCACCAACCCCAAUCCCCUGGUGGCCUGCAAUCUGUUCCGCGUGGCUGCCAUUGCACGCAUUGUCCACACGCUCGUCUAUGCCGUCUAUCCAGUGCCACAGCCAUCGCGUAUUCUCGCCUUUGCCACCAUGAUGCUGAUUACCUUCUACAUGGCCGCCGUAGUUGCCUUGCGUACCCUGCGUUUUAUUUAAGUGAAUUCAACAAUUGUUAGAUUUAAGAAAUAGCGCCAACUUAGCGCGCGCGCUGACGUCACUGGCUCAUAUUGCCAGGGUAGCACAAACUGGUCUAGGGUUGCUGAGCU